AUGCUGUCUCUCCCCAAGGCGGCUUUGGCCUUGACGGCCCUCGCCAAUGCUGUGCGUGCAGGUUCGAUCCGCGACAUCGAACAUGUCGUUCUCUUCAUGCAAGAGAACCGUGCUUUCGACCAUUACUUUGGUUCCAUGGCUGGUGUCCGCAACUUCAAAGACCCUAACGUGCAGGUCAACGAUGGCACACCAAACUGGUAUCAGGGCAUUGGCAAUUUGUCCACGAAGGCUACGGAUCUUCUCCCAUGGUACCUCAACUACCUCGGCGGUACUUGGAACGAGGCAACGCAGUGCAUGGAAGCUGGUUCGAACGGCUGGUCGGCCAACCACGCUGCUCUGAACGGCGACAAGAACGAUAACUGGCCUGUUGGAAACACCCCAUGGUCCUGGGCCCAUUUCAAGAGGCAGGAUAUUCCUAAUCACUUCGCGAUCGCAGAGGGCUUCACCAUUGGCGAUAUGUACCAGGAGUCGGUCAUUGCUUCGACGAACCCGAACCGUGUUUCUUGGGUCAGUGGAACGAUUAACGAUGAAGGGAACACCUACUACAUUGAUAACAAUGAGACUCCCGGCUGCGAGAGCCCCAACUUGAACUGCUAUCCACUCAAGUGGGAGACUACGCCAGAAUACUUGCAAAAUGCUGGCGUCAGCUGGCAAGUCUACCAAGACACCAACAACUUUGACGACAACCCACUUGCGUGGUUUGCUCAGUAUCAGACCGCUGCCAACGGCUCAGCUCUUGCCGAGCGUGGACUGACCUACAAGGGCUUGGAAAAGUUCUACGAAGACGCCGCUGCUGGUACUCUUCCUCAGGUCUCGUACAUCGUCGGCCCUGCAGAGCUUUCUGAGCAUCAGCCAUACCAGCCAAAGGACGGUGCUUGGUUGCAGCAAAAGAUUGUCGACGUCGUCACCCAAUCCCCUGCCUACAAGAACACCGUACUCAUCAUUUCCUACGAUGAGACUGGUGGCUGGGGAGACCACGUCACGCCAUUCCACUCCCCAAGUGGCACUACUGGCGAAUGGAUUCAAGACCCAUACGGAGCCGCUGGCUACACAUACACUGGACCGGGUUUCCGCCUUCCUUUCUACAUCAUCUCUCCAUGGACCCGUGGCGGCAACGUCUAUGUUGAGCACGCCGAUCACUCCAGCCAGAUCAUGUUCCUCGAGAAGUGGCUCGCUUCCAAGGGCAAGCAGUUCACCCAGUCGACCAUCAACCCAUGGCGCCGAGCCAACAUGGCCGAUCUCACCAAGGCCUUCGACUUCGACCACCCGGACUACAGCAUCCCCUCGAUGCCAAAUGCCUCGUACCCAUCCACCGACUCCAAGGGCAACUGGAACGGCUACUCAGUCUGCGAGGAGACCUACCCAGAGCAAAGACCCCCAGUCCCCUACGGCAUCCAAAACGAGAAGGACGCCCUCGCGACCGAGCAGGGAUUCAAGAAGGUCCGCGGCAACCCAACCGAAGGCCGCUACCUCACCUUCGAGAUGAACGGCCAGGCCCUCGCCAACUCCAACGGCCGCCUCACUGCUUCCCGCGCCUCGUCCUCGCACAACAGCAAGGCCCAGCGCUUUGUCCUGCACCAGAGCGGCAGCCAGUUCUCCAUUUCCAGCGCUGUCGACAACAGCACCGUCAGCGGCACGAGUCUGCGUAAAGGAGGUAAUGCCGCCACUUACACCAUCUCCGACUUGGGCAACGGCAAGGGCUACACCGUCCAGUCGAGAGGCCAGUACCUCUCUGUCGACUGGCGUGGCCGUGUCUCCACCAGACGAUCGCCGGCGGCGUUUACGCUUUAUAGUGUUUCGUACGAUAACUAG